AUGGCAAGCCCUGUAACAACGAAUCCGGUGCCCGAAUGGAUUCAGAGCCCAUAUCCUGCCUUGCAACACAGUCUAGUAUCGUUUCCACGAAAACAUGUCCUUCUCGUCACCAUCAACCGCCCGGAAUUUAGAAAUUGUUUGCCAGUAGAGGCGACUAUUGAACUUAGCUUCCUAUGGAGGUGGUAUGACUCGGAACCCGAGCUGCGGUGUGCCGUCUUCACCGGCGCAGGGGACAAGGCCUUUUGCGCCGGCAUGGAUCUGAAGCAGCGGUUGGACAUCAAAAACACCAACUCUGUCGCGCAUGAAUAUCCACAGGGCGGAGGCUUUGAAAUUGUGUUGAACUCGGAUGUCAUAUUUGCCUCGCCAAAUGCGACAUUCCGCCUCCCCGAAGUCCUUCGUGGUGUCGUGGCACUUGCAGGAGCACUACCUCGCUGCAUGGUUUUAUUCGGAAACCACAGAACCAUGGACUUGUGUCUUACUGGGCGGGUUCUCACUGUCAAGGAAGCAGUGGAAUGGGGCCUGGUCAAGGAGAUUGUGCCGCAGGAAAAACUGCUUGAGCGGACACUCGACUAUGCAUCCGAGAUUGCGGCGUUGUGUCCUGAUAGUGUCAUCAUAUCUCGCCUCGGUGCUAGAGAGGCUUGGGAAACGGGCAUCAGUCGAGCGACUAUGCGAGGCCAGGAGAUAUACGCCGAGGCAAUGCUAAAAAGUCCCAAUGCUACUGAAGGCCUGGCGGCGUAUCGCGAAAAGAGGGAUCCAGUCUGGAGACCUUCUCAUUUAUAG